UGCAACAAGUGAACACACGUACGUCGGUUUCUUUGGUUUGAUCGCGUUGAAAGUUGGUUGGAGGAGUUGGUGCAAAUGAGUGCAUAAUGCAUAGAGUUUUGCAGGUUUUAAUAUGAAUUUAAUAUCGGGUAUCGGGUAUGAUUCUUUAAAAAGAUUGAAUCAUUAAUUUUGGCAGGUGAUUUGCUCUUGGUUUGCUCGGGUUUUCCAAGUGAAGGGUGACGGAUAGGGCAGUGCACGCGUGUGGGGUACUCAAAGCAGUAAUGAGAUUAAUGUAGAUCGGGUGUAAAAGAGCCGAACAAAUCGAUUCGUUAUCUUAUUUAUGGUGAUAAGUUUUUUGCUUGUCUCGGUCUUCCACUUUGGUGGGAAAUUUUUCGAACGGGCAGUGCAGUGACGACGAGAGUGAGUUAUAAGAGCAGAGAGAGUGCUGUGAGCCGAGUUGGAGAGUGUAUGUUAGCGCGACAUCAGGUUAUGGGAGGAAACUGUUGCUAUAGCUGCUGAUAGUGUGUUGUGACUGUGUAGCAUCAUACCAUACAGCAGUAAAAGGCAAACUCGUGGGGCGGCGAAUGGGUAAAGGCAAAGUGAUACAAAAAGUAUACACACAGCAGCCCACCUAGCGAGAGACGACGCAAGUGAAGGAGAGAAUCUAAACGAUAAGAAACGAUAUUACAGAGCAGUCCAGGGAGCAGCAAAGGCGCCGUCAACGGAGAACGUGGAGACGGGCCCGGAGAAGUGUGAAUCAAAUAAAUGAUCAAAUGAGAAGAAAAGUAUAAGUUGAGAAAAAGAUAAAAUUGUCGGCUCAGUUGUAUCCGAGAAGUCUACUGCAGCACAACACAGAGAAGGCCGAAAGCAAACAGUGCUAACUAGAGUGCAAUAAACACAACUUAACAAGGAAAGAGGAAAAACAGAACGUACACGACGCGGUUUCGAAGCAGCGAUCGUCUACCGCCACAAAGUACACAAAAUAAACAUCAGGAGUUUAAUUGAAGUUUGCCAUUAAGGCAACAUAUAGCGAGCACACAACAAUUAAGCUCAGCCAAUAAAUAACUGAUUCAAUUCCAUCUCUGGUUACUACUUUUUGCGCUUAUUAACGAAAGUAGUACUUAAAAGCGACAGAUCGUAAAGGGACAUAAAUAAUAAAAAAAAAAUCAUUUUAAACGUUCAGAGUUUAAUUUUUUCGGUGCAAUUUUUUCAACGCUAAGUGCAAGCGCGGUUCUGCUCUGUACUAUUGGUUCUAUUGACUGAUUUGCGGUCGCCCGCGGCAAGAAUCAUCGAAAGUAUAUAGAAAGUGUAUCCGGCGUAAAGUAACAACGUGCUGAAAACGAGCAGCAUCAUAAAGUUUGAAAUUUAUCGGUUUAAUUCCGUGUGUGCAUCAGAGGGAGGUAUAACUUCCCAAAGAAAAGUUGGAAGCGGAUCGUUUAUCAAACACACGAGCAGAAAAGGCGCAAGUGACGGAAACGGUUUAGUGCACCCGGAGCGCAAGGAAAAAUAAGUAACAUACGGUAGCACCCCUGUGGAACAUACACGGCCAAUUGUGAGAAGUGACGGUUCUCUCAAUUAUCUUAAGCCUUUUGUUGCUACGACGGUCAUUCAAGAUGACUGUAAUCAAGUUAAGCAAUUUUAUUGUUUCGUGUGAGGCAUAAGAAGUUACUCGUUCCGGCAGUGCAAAAAUUAAUCAAACAUUGUAGCAAAAAACUGUAGCCCGAAGUGAAGUGCGUUAAAACCCCUAACAAGACAGAACAAAAACCAGUAAUUGAAAACCGUUAAAAGGUCAUCAAGAUCGUGUGUUCCGGCAAGGCAGGCAAUCAAACGGCCACAUCACUUUCGAGGAGUUUCUACUGCGAAAGCUACUUUUUCUACGGAGACGCGACGGAGCAAUUUUUCUUCCCUGGAGUAGAGCUCGGAUUACCGAUUGACUGAAUCAAAUAUGUGUUCCCGCAACCUAGCGCUUUCGUUGGCACUGAUAAUCGCACUGGUACCUCUGGCAGCCGUCGCGUUACCUCACCACAGUGUCGCCAAGCGAAGUUCGUUUUUCGACAUCGAGUGCAAAGGACAGUUCAACAAAGCGAUCUUCUACCGGCUGGAUCGGAUAUGCGAAGACUGCUACUCGUUGUUCCGCGAGCCACAGAUUCUGUCCUUCUGCAAAGAGGGUUGCUUCGGAUCGGAAUACUUUCUGGCAUGCGUGGAAGCGUUGGUCCUGGACGAAGAGACGGAGAAAUUCAUGAAAUGGCGCGAAAUGUUGGGGAAGAAGUAAUUCUAUCGCGUUGAACUUCACACAACCACAAACAGCACCUGUAUUUUAGUUUAAUGGACGAUCACGCUGAUUUUUAAUGCUUAUAGUAGGACAGUGACUGUAUGUAAUUUUUGUUUUAUUUUUUUAUAAGAUUUGCUUUUUCUACUGAAACUGUCUGCCUCUUGUAUGCAUAGGUAGGGAAAACAAGCUAACAGCAGUUGAUAGAUAGGUUGAAAGCAAACUUAUACAGAGCAGCGACUGAACAUGAAGGAUAGAGGGAGAAUGCCGAUGUGUACAUAAUUAACUAAUAAAUGAAUAUUUAUUUAUAAAUUAACUUUUAACAACGAACAAUACUAACUUAGAGAGAGCGAAAUCAGAAAGAGACAGAGAGCAUGAGAAGGCAUGACGAACAUUUCGAAACAGCAUUAGGGAAUGUAGAUAACUAUUCCGUUGCAGCGUUGUAAUUAGUAAAACAAUUACACGAGCAUACUCAGUCCUAUUGCUUGAUGGAAAACAAGGCAAAUGUGUACCAUUCGGAAGUGUUUGUAGUUGGGGGAAGGUAACGGGGUCACUUCUCUGGUAGUGUCGCUCGGUGCAUUCCCCUGACCUAAAGAAGGAGAUUAGAUGUGUAUAAUAUCGAAAUUUGUUUCACAGCUACGAGAAUCACGAGAGUAAGAGAGAGAUAGAGCGAGCGAACGAGCGAGCAUUGUUUAUUUUGUUCAGACAAACCAUAUCUUCAAUGACAUGCAAACACUCUAGAAUAACAUGGUAAUAUCUUAUGCUAAUGUAUUUAUAUUUUCAAAAAAUAUAUUUCUUUAAAAUCUAGUCCAGAAAGCGCACAUUUACGUUUAGUUAUUUAUGAUGAAGAAAGCAGUAAGGCAACUUGAACGAAGUAUGUUAAGAAGAAGUUUCUAUUUUCACCUUUGUUAAUGGCCUUAGUUGUUAUGGCGUAAAACAUAUGAUGAAAUCAUUUUCACUCUCCUUCCAUCGUUUUCCAUCCUUAUUAUUUGCUUCUUGGCUUAUUGUCGGGCUUCGAUAGUACUACUAUUCUAUAUUUAUCUUUCCGAAUCUUUACCACAUACCCAAUGCAUAUUUCGGUACAAGCUGGGCGCUACAGAAAAGUCAUCAAACAAAACCAAAAUUCAUACAUCCUUCCAUGCUCGAAACGGGCGCAGUACUUUUCUCGUAAUUUAAAUCACACAUGUCAAGGAAAGUGUAAAUUAUUAACAUUCCUCAUCAGACAGUAUUUUCUCUCUCAAAAAUAGGCUUAUCAAUUAACACGAAGCGAUAAAUGCUAACAGUUCAACUCUCUAUCCCCUCUGCUCCCGAAAGGGAUGGGGUAAAGAUUUGAGCAAUGGCUGCAACACAAAUAUGAACCGUUCACGGACUUCCUAUAGAAACAAUGUCAAUCCGAGCACCGCUUCAGUCCAGUUUUCUCGCUGUCAGGUUUAACACUUGUCAGUUAGUUGAAAACUUCUGCCGAGUUCGCGACCCAGAAGGAUUCUGUCACCGUUUUAUUUCGCUUCAACUGAAUAAUAUCAAUUGCGCAAUUCUCUCAUCAAUUUGUUCUUAACUUAUUUAAACAUCGACUCAUCUUACCCCUUGAAACCUAUCGAACGAAGCAACGAAUAAGCAAAACAUACUUUCAACAAAUCCACAAUGGAAACAAUCGAUUUGUAGUGAUAGUUUUGAGGAAAGAUCUGAAACACAUAAACACUCACCAGUUGAUAGAUUUUAACGCUAAGUAAUAUUUGUAACACAUUCGUUGAUUGCCAUUUUUUAAAAGCGUAGAAUAUUUCAUUUAAUUUGUACAUUGAUUGAAACGUUUGAAAACACACACACACACACCCAACAAACACAACAUCCUGAAGCGAAUUGUAGAGUUGUCCUUAUUCAUAAAUCUUGUUGCUGGGAGGAAUGCUGUUCUCGAGAGUUUAGAGCCUCAGAAGAAAAUAAAGUCUCAAAACAAAAUGGAACGUUUUUUGUAAAACAAAGUGAACAAACAAUACAAUGAUAUUAUUCAUAUAUUUUAACGAAAAUACGGGGAAACAAUAAAACAGAAAUAUCAAUGAGCAUGAAAUAA